AUGGCGGCUUCUGUGACCCGCCUCGCCGGGUCGGGCGCGCCGCAGCAGACCCAAGAUAAUCCCGUUCCAGGUGGCUCCGCCUCUGGACCUGUUCUUCCUUCCCCAAUACUAUCGGAACCAUGGCCGCGGCCCUAUUAUUUUGAGGACGGCUUGCGCCGCGUUUCGCCUUACUUCUAUACGUACAACACCUGGUGCAAGGAACGAUGGCGGGGUCGGCAGCUCAUCGAAGUUUUUCAGAGCGAGUUCCGUGACCGACCUCUCGAGUACUAUCGUGAAGCCAUGGAGUCAGGCCUGGUUGCUGUGAAUGGCAAGACGGUUGGCCCGCACCACAUAUUAAAGAACGGACACCUCAUAUCCCAUACCACCCAUCGUCAUGAGCCCCCUGUCACUUCCGAUCCUAUCGGUAUCAUUCAUGAGGAUGAUGACAUGAUCGUCAUCAACAAACCGUCAGGCGUGCCUGUUCACCCGGCCGGGCGUUACAAUUACAACUCUAUUGUUGAGAUCAUGAAGGCAGAGAGAGGCCUUGAUUUCACCCCACGACCCUGCAACAGACUUGACAGGUUGACGAGCGGUAUCAUGUUCAUUGCGAAACACACCAAGGCUGCCGAACAACUCGGGGUGCAGAUUUUCCAGAGGAGCGUUCGCAAAGAGUACGUCGCCCGCGUCAUCGGCAAAUUUCCCGACGGAGAGGUCGUGUGUGACCAGCCCAUUCUUCAAAUCUCCCCCAAGCUCGGGCUGAACAGGGUGCGAGCCAACGGCAAAGCUGCGAGGACUGUAUUCAAGCGCCUGGCAUACUAUCCCCCAGCUUCCGGCCUAGCCGUGUCCCCUAAUGACGGUGGGACGACGGGCCCGGCAGAGGAACCGGUUUCUGGGCGGUCAGAAUCGGCACCUCGACCGACCGGCGGUCGCAAGGCCGAUGAGGGAUAUUCCAUCGUGCGAUGCUUGCCCGUCACAGGCAGGACUCAUCAGCUCAGGGUGCAUCUCCAGUUCCUGGGGCACCCAAUCCAAAACGAUCCGAUAUAUGCCAACCAAAAGGUCUGGGGCUUGGGCUUGGGUUGUAACGAUGCUGAGGGGACGCUGAACACCGACGAGGACGUAGUCACCCGCUUGUCCCGCAUGGGCAAGGAUCAGGUAGCUGAUGCGGUUGCGUACUACGACGAAAUGGUCGACGACUAUUACAAAAAGAAGGCCGAGAAAAUGUCGGGCGAGGUUUGCACGGUCUGUAGCACUCCUCUUUACACCGAUCCUGGAGAUCAAGAACUCGCGCUGUGGCUCCACAGUCUCCGGUAUGAGGAUGCCGAAGGGGCCUGGAGUUAUGUCAGCCCUCUGCCUAAUUGGGCCUUGCCGCCAGAAGGAGCCAGCGGACCAACCCAGGUUGGCGGGAUGGAGGAUUUGGUCGGUGCAGCUGGGGACGCCAUUGUUGAAUAA